AGCCUUGUUUACUUCCUCAGCUACGCUUAUGUUUGUCUCUCUAUAUAACUCUAUAUCUCUAACAGUUUGUUUUGUUUGUAGCACCUUCGUUUCCUAUAAGAACGUUUGUAAAAGAAUUAGCUGAUGAAAUAAAACUCAAGAGAGAAGUGCUUUCUCGCGCGCGCGCGCACCCGUGUUUAUGCGCGGCUGUUAUUAUGCGCGUGACACGAGCUGCUGUCAGCUCAUAAUAAUAAUAAUAAUAAUAUUAGCACUGUUAAUAAUAUUGAUAAUCGAGAUGAGUGAAGAGCAGCCGGUGGCUCGAGAGAGGAGCGGACACACGGCGGCGGCGGACGGACAGUAUCUGUAUGUCUGGGGCGGUUAUGUGUCGGUGGCAGAUCAUGAAGUUUUUCUUCCAAAUGAUGAGCUCUGGCUGUACGACUUAGAGAGUGGGCUGUGGGACAGGCGGGACAUGUCUGGGACGGUUCCUCCGGCGAUGUCCGGGACCUGCGGCUGCAUUGUGAACGGGGAGCUGUAUAUAUUCGGCGGCUGCGGUGAUGAUGGACAGACUAAUGAACAUUACUCCGUCAAUCUGCGGGACGGGAAGUUCAUCUGGAGGAGAGAGACGCUUCGGUCCGGGUCGCUGCCGUCGCCGCGAGAUAAACUCUCCUGCUGGGUUCAUAAAGGAAGAAUCAUCUACUUUGGUGGAUAUGGCCACAAACCGCUGAGUCAAAUCAACGAUCCGAAGAGCUUCGUUGUGGAUGAGGCAUCAUGGGCCGAGGACAUCUUCUGGGGAUGGAACAAUGAAGUCCACGAGUUUGAUCCGGAGAGAAGCAGCUGGACCGAACCGCAGACCUUCGGACGCGCUCCGGCCCCGCGAGCGGCUCACGCUAGCGCUACGAUCGGCAGCAAAGGCUACGUGUGCGGCGGAAGAAUAAAGGAAACGAGAACAAGUGACGUGUAUUGUCUGGAUUUAAAUUCAUGGACGUGGUCAGAAAUGGUUGGGUUGGGCUUGGCUCCUGUGGGGCGCUCGUGGCACACGCUGACAGCUGCGUCGGACUCGUCUCUCUUUCUGUUCGGCGGACUCAGCGUGGACUGCAGACCCAUGAGUGACGGUUGGAUAUUCAAUCUGGAGACAAAAGGAUGGACAAAGAUGGAGCAUCAAAACAAGGACAAACCGCGACUGUGGCACACCGCUUGUCAAGGAAGAGACUCGGAUGUUAUUGUGUUUGGAGGAAGUCACGAUUAUAUCCUUUUAGUGGACAAAGGCCACUGCAACGACGCGCUCGUGUUCCAGACGCAGCCGCAGCCGCUGACCCGAUUGUGCCAAGACUUCAUCGCGAGCCGUGCCAGCAGCUUUCAGCGGCAGAUCCCCUGUUUACCUACAAAACUGAGAAACGCUGUGCAGAAAAGGACGACUUUCUUCAGGCUGAGCAGAAACUCACAGAACGAGUGAUUUAUUAUAAUAUUUGUUUAUAAGCUUUAAUAUUGUUAAACAUGUAUAUUCAGUAUUUUAAUAUUUAAUGCAAACGAAGCCGUUACGAUAUAAAUAUGAAUUAAAUCUUAAAUGACUCGC